AUGGUGAACAUCAUCUUCAAAUGGCUUGUCCCUAUUCUUGGAACACAACCCAGGCGCUCGAAUCGGCGACACGUGCAGGAGGACCACGAGGAAGAAGAGGAGGAGGAGACACAGGAUGUUCCCGAGGCUCAACAACAGAAUCAGCCUUCGCAGUCGGUGCCGGCUGCGUUGAGAUAUGUGCAGACGAAUAUGUCGGAGGAGGAUGUAAAUCGAAUGGUGAAAGACCUCGUACGGCUCGCAUUAGCGAUGGAGCAGCGGCGGCAGCCGUUGAAGAGGGAGGAUAUCACCAAGCGAGUACUGAAAGACCAUCCCCGAGCAUUCAACGUGGUGUUUGAGCGCGCGCAGGAGCGGUUACGGAGCACAUUUGGGAUGGAGAUGGCGGAGCUGACGACGAGGGACAAGCGGCAGACCGCUACUCAGGCUGCGCGGAGAGCGGCCACAGCGACCCAAACAGCCAAAAGCACAUCGACCAGGAGCUACGUCCUCCGCUCCACUCUCACACCACAAGAACGCGCGGCCGUCGUCGAUUGGGGCGAUGAGGAGUUCGUCAUGGUACUUCUGUGCAUCAUACUGGGAAUCAUUCUCGUGAAUGGAAAGCGGAUCGAAGAAGGCGACCUAACAACCUACCUAAAACGCCUCGGUCUCAACCUCACCUCCCCCCGCCCACACCGCACCCUCGGCCUCAUCUCCGACCACAUAACGACCUUCACAAAACACGCCUACCUCGACAAAGUCAAAACCCCCGGCGUCGACGCGGACGUGGUCGAGUACUCCUGGGGCCCGCGGGCGAAGGUCGAGUGCAGUGAAAGGGAUAUGGUCGCGUUUGUGGUGGGGGUGUAUCCGGAUCUGACGGUGGAGGUGAGGGAACGGUUGGAGAGGGAUGUGGGGCGGUUGGCGGGGUUGGAGAGGGAGGAGGAGGAGGGGGAGGAGGUUGGGGCGACCGGGGUGGGGGCGUAG